UCGAAGUGUGGAGUCAACUUCAGAGAUGUUGAUGUCGAGACGAGAUUUGUCGCGACGCGAUUUCGUAAUCACAAUUGUUGUCAAACAAAUGUUCGGAUUUUCGAUGAUACUACAAGUAUUAUGUAGAACGUGUGGAUAAAUUCCCUUUAACAUGAAUAAAGUGUUAUUAUAUCCGGCUUAAUUAAUAUCCUGAAAUUGAUUAUGUCUCAACACGGUGCUGCGCUUCAAACCUAUAAUCAAGAACUUGUGAAAUGUCUGGAGGAGAUGAAGUUACGACGGACGGAAUUGCAGGUGCAAAUUGACUCCCAGGAGGAGGAAAAGAACAAUCUUCAAAGGGAGAUAGAAAAGAUGUCGUACAAAUUAACGCAGUUGAAUGAAAGUUUGGCAAAGAGAAUAGCGGCUAGAAAUGAUUAUGAUCGAACAAUUGCCGAAACUGAAUCUGCUUACAUGAAGAUUUUGGAAAGCUCUCAAUUGUUACUCAAUAUGCUAAAAAGAGAGGCGACGUGUUUAGACCAGAGCCUUCUAAAAGCUAACACCGAUAAGUGACAAUAACUAAUUGAUUAAAACAAUGGGGUGAAGUCAAAUUUACAUACUUUGAAAUUUAUUUAUUUAAAUAUAUCAAACAUCUCUUAGUACACUUGGAGUAAGAUUAAAAAUGGAGGGAACAAAAACAAAAUAAAUUAUAGGAAUAACUAUUCAACUGAAAAAGCUACAAGGAUCUAAGAUAGUUAUUAAUAUACACCAAGUACAAAACUGUAAAUAUAUAUAUGUGAAUGUAAAUUAUCUUAAAACUAUAUUGAUGGCUUAUUGUUCAUCGGAUUUUUAAACUUUAUACAUAUCUUAUUCUUGACAACGUUUUACAAAUAUUUAAAUAGGUAUUACGAUCUUCAACUUGACUGUACAAAGCCAGUUAACGUGGGUCUGUCUGAAAGAGUAUCAAAGUUUAUAAAGUCAAUAAACACGAUUUUCUAAUAUAGUAGCACCACUCGUAUUCAACUACAAAGUCUUGGUCUUGGGGCCUAUCUUACAAUUAACGAUAGUCUAGCUGCGCAAUUAUAAGAAAUCUACUUAUUUUACAACUUUGGGAUAAUCUAAAAUUUAGCGAUGCGUAAUAAAGUAACACAAAUUUAUGUGUUACAAAUUCAACUCCUCCGCAUUAAUUCUGAAGUUGCAAAAUUAUAUUUUUUUGUUCGAUGAUUGGUUACAUUAACGUUACUAACUUCAACCUCGUAGAAUUUAGUAUUCAGCAUUAGAGCAUUUUCAAGAUUCUCUUUCCAUAAAUAGAUACAAUACAAGUUUUUUUAGCAAUUA